UCAACGCCAGGUCUUCGCUGCAAUAAACAUAUAUCAUUGUCAUACUCUCGCCCGCAAGCCUCACUCGUCCUCUUUACGAUCCACCCAUGUUGCCUGGACAACGCCCACAAAAAUUCUUCGUCGAUGAACUCCAGAACUCCCUGGAGGAGCAACUAAACCUGGGAGCGAUCAAAUCCUUCCGUGUCGUGUCCAACACAAACACUGAAGCGAUUGCUCAAGUCGCUCUGUUGGAGGAUCAAACGGUGGAGGUCGUGCUGAAUGGUGCAGGGUAUCAAGCGACUUCGGAGGACGGUGCGAAGAUAUAUGAGACUGUAGAGGGAUUCCUGGACUCUAGGAGUAUGGCAUACAGCGCGAAGAGGCAUGAAGUGCUGUUGGCGAAGUUGGAGAGCUUGAGCGAGGCUUGAGGAUGAGGAGAGCGACGGGUGUCAGUUCAAUGGUGUCAUGCUAUACAAUAUGAAUGUUUUGAUGGUGAAACAGAGACAUA